AUGAACUCAUUAAAAGAUAUCUAUCCACUCAUUGAGUAAGAAGAAGUACUUUACAGCAUGAGGAAGCAGAAACUCAUUCUGGAAGCUAACAAAUUGCUCAACUCAAAUGAAAGCGAUACUCUUGAUGAUUCAAUCAAAAGUAGCAUUUCCAAAGUAUCAAACUUAAGGUAGGAUGCCAUUGUUAUGGACAAUCAAGUGCAUCAAAUUCAAUAGAAUGCUCAUGUCACUAUCAAGAGUUUUGAGGCUUUGAAGUAAGAAUAUCAAGUAUGGCAAGAAAUCAAAAGAAAAACGUAGAGUUACUACUAAACACAUUGAAUUGUUUUCUAGAAUUGAGUCGAAUCAAGAAUCAAUUGCCAAUUGCCAUUGAGUAAUAAGACAUUGCCUCAUGCAUCAAAUUCGGUCAAGUCUACUAUGAGAUCCUCCCCAAUCUAUUGAAAGAAUUCUGCCAAUCUGAUUAUCAAUUUGUGGAAAAUCUAAUUAUGAACCAAUUGAUACCAUUCCAGAAAUAACAAUUUGAAUUAGCAGUCAAAAAUAAUGAACUCGAAAAAAUUAAUCUGUGUUCAGGCUUGGCCAGAGUGCUACAUUUAGAACAAUCCCUUGACAAAAUUAAGAACAUUUAUGGCGAAGAAUUACUCAAGGAUCUAAGACUGUUAGAAUAGAAUGAAUAAUAGCAUCUGCCUCUAUCCUUCUAAGAUAUUGCCAACAAUAAGUAUCACUAUCCAUUCCUGAAUUAUUUUGUUGGCAUUCUAGAAUUGAUCAAACCAGAAAAAUUCUCUAAGAAUGUUUAACAAUAUUAUGGAGUUGAAGGGGUCUUGGAAUUGAUUGAUUAUCUAGUUUCGAAGAUCUCACAUCCCUAUUUGGUUGGUGUCUUAAAACAAUUGAACUCCUUUUUUGAAAUUGAGAAAAUGGUUAAAAAUGCUAAAUCUGUCUAAAGUUACGAUAAUCAACUAUUGCAAUCUAUUUCCAAAAAGAUUAAUUUGGAUUAAAAACAAUUAGAGAAGGUUUCCUAUUAUUGUGAUGAGAUCUCAGCAAUCUCAAGUGAAUACAAUGGAUUUUUGUAACAUCUCAAACAGACAGCAGAAUUAGACAAGGAUAUUACAAAUUUGGCUAUCGGCGAAACUAUUACAGAGUAUUUGAGUAAGUAUUUGGAGUUCUCUUAAAUCGAAUUACAAUAACAAAUAGUGUUCUUUGUUUAGAAAUCAGAACCUCUUAAAGAUUUGUGGAAUUUCGAUAAGGCCAAGUUUACAAAGUUGCUGGAGUGUCAGAAUGUACUAUUAAGUAAUGGAUAUCAUGAAUGGCUAGAAGAGAUAUUCUAUUUGAUAAAAUAAUAGAUUCAAAGAGCGAUUUCCACUGAAAAUCAAAUCAUAGCAAGUGCUUUAAUCAAUUUCAUUGGAUUUCAAGUUAUCUCUGAUGAUUUACAUCAGAUCACUCUUCAACUAUUCCAUCGAUAUUUGAAGAAAGAAUACUUUUCUCCCCAAGCCAUAGGAAUUGCACAAGAUCAAACAGUCAAUAAUUCCUUCAUAAUAUUGUUGUUCAACAUUCUAAGUAAUAUCCCUAUGUAUUUGAAAACACUCAAGUCUCAGAUCUAUAGUGAAUUACCUAAAGGUCCAUAAUCAUAAAUGAUUGUGGGAGCAGUAGAAGAAAUGAUUGAAGUCAACACUAAAAAGUUUUAGAAACUAAUCGAGGAGAAACUGAAGGUCUUGGCAGAGAAUCUGAAGGGCACAGUAAAGGAAGUGUUUGAAGAGAUUAAAUAAUUGCAUUUUGAUUAGAAGGAUGUGGUCAUGUUGGAACAAGAGAGGGAGUACCAGAAAUACUUCUCCAAUUAAAUAAAGAAUGCCUUUAAGGGAUUGAAUCAAUGGAAGACAUAAUUUACAUAGGAAAAUUACGAAUAAAUGUCCUUGCAUCUCUGUUAUUCAAUAGCCAAAUAACUGGAGCUGAUCAUCAUGAAUAAGAAAUUCCAUCAAACAGGAGCUGUCAUUCUUGAGAAGGAAGUCAGAACAAGUAUCAACUAUCUAAUCAUGUAUUGUAUAUCCAAUAUUCAUUAGGAUGACCAAUCCAAAUAAUAAACAAGCCUUUGCUCGAUUAUAAUUGAUUUGCAGUACAUUACUGUUGGAAUCGUAUAAGGAGAUGGAAGAGUUUCUGAGCAGCAGUGCCAUUUCUGAAUUGUCAUCGAAUGAAAUAAAGAAGAUUAGACAAUUAAGAAUAGACUUGUAGUGA